UUAGAGUUUAAAGAAAUCGGGAAAAUUUUCUUAUCAAAAUUUGAAUCUGAAAUCUGGAAAACGAACCUGAAUUGGUCAUCUAAAAAAAAACAUCUACAUUCAUUCUAUUUAUUUUUUUCAAAAGUUUCACGACUGAUCAUUUUGACUGAAGUAUAAUUCCCGCUGCACCUCGCGCGAAAAGUGCUUUACAAAGUUCAUCUUUCUCUUAUCGCUCUUCAAAUCAAGCGGUCUAAGUGAAAGGAUUUAUAGUUUGUCAAGGAAAAAAAAGUUCAGUAAACCUAAUACCUUUUACAAAUUCACUAUCAAAAUGAUAAACUAUAACAGCUCGACUCAAGUUGAGUGCAAACGUUUAUUCGGACCAAAACCAUGACCGCGCCACUAUUAGAGCUUGCUGACGGUCACCACAUUCCAGCUUUGGGAUUGAGAACCUAUUUGGCAAAAGGAAAAUCGGGAAUCGAACUGAUUAAAAAAUCUAUCGAGUUAGGGUACCGCUUCAUCGAUACCGCUUUCCUGUACGAAAAUGAAAUGGAAUGUGGCCAAGCUAUCCGGGAAAAAAUUGCCGAUGGUACAAUCGAACGCAAGGAUGUGUUCGUCUCCAGCAAGCUGUGGAAUUCGCAUCAUGAACCGGAACAUGUUCCUAUAGCAUUUCAGCAAACCCUGGAUCGACUUGGAUUGGAAUAUCUCGAUUUGUAUCUCAUGCAUUCGCCCAUGGGAUUUCAAUUUCGAGGAUUCGAGCACGCCGAUGCCAAUCCCAAGGAUGACGAGGGAAAUUUGAUUUUCUCAGACGUUGACUAUGUUGACACGUGGAAAGCGAUGGAAAAGUUAGUAAAAGGGGGUAAGGUGCGCAGUAUCGGUUUGUCGAAUUUCAACUAUGAACAAAUCCUACGAAUAUUGGACUUUGCCGAGAUCUGUCCAGUUAACAAUCAAAUCGAAGUCAAUCCAGGUUGGAGACAGAAAUCUUUGAUAGAUCAAUGCAAACGACUAGGAAUAACGGUGACUGCUUUCAGUCCAAUGGGUCGGCCUCACAGGUUCACUUAUGGAAACAAGAGUGCCUUCGGUAAUUCCGAUGUAGCGAACAUUGGUCGAAAAUACAGGAAAUCAGAUGCCCAAAUCAUACUCAGAUAUCUGAUACAGCUCGGAACCAUUCCUAUUCCGUACGCCGAAGAGAAGGAUCAUCUUAGGCAAAAUAUCGAUGUUUUCGAUUUCACUUUGAACGACGAAGAAAUCGCUCUAAUGGAUACAUUUCACUCUGAAAGGACGCUACCAUAUCCAGAUGUGAGAAGCCACCGUUAUUAUCCUUUCAAGGAGGAAUUAUAAAAUGGGAAUUUUGAGUUUCCUUUUUGCAAACUUCAACAUUUUCUAACAAGUCAAUGUAUGAGCUGAUGUAUAGCUAAGCUAUGGUGUUUCUUUUCUUUCAAAUAAAUACCUUGCUUCUUUUUUUCAAUAAAAUUUAUCACAAUAAUUUAACCCAUGAAAUGUCUGAUAUGAACAUGCUGAUCUAGUAUAUAAAUAACUUUGAAACGAAAACCCAAUCCGAAAAAAAUUACGAUUUUGAUAUUAAGGCAAUCGUUAUCCAGCGUUUUUCAAAGCUAAUCAUUUUUAAAAUUCUGAAUUAAACGGGUAGUACUUGUGUUUCUUCAACGGUGGGAAGGGCAAAGUCCUUUCCGACUGGAACGUGUCCAUGUACAGCAUUUCCGCCUCCGUUAGACUGAAAUCGAAUACAUCGAAGUUCUGCUUGAUUCGUUCCGCAUUGGUGGAAUAUGGAAUCGGAAUCGUUCCCAAUUGAACCAGGUAGCGUAGAAUAACUUGACCAUCGGUUUUGCCAUAUUUUUGGCCUAUCUCAAUCACCUUUGCAUCACCGAGGGCCGUUUUGUUACCGUAGGUCGUCCGAUGAGGACGUCCCAUGGGCCCGAACGCUGUCACUGUAAUGUUAAGGCUUCGGCAAAAUUCUAUUAAUUUUUUCUGAUUCCAACCUGGGUUUACCUCAAUCUGAUUAUUGACAGGUUUUAUUUCAGCUUCCUUCAUUAUCCUGUUAAUUUGUUCACUGUUGAAAUUGGACAACCCUAUGCUACGAACUUUACCAGUUGCCACCAACUUUUCCAUUGCCUUCCAGGUAUCGACAUAAUCUACAUCAGAAAAUAAGGCAUUUCCUUCGCUGUCCUUCGGAUUCAUGUCGCCAAACUCGUACCCUUGAAACUGGAGACCCAUCGGAGAAUGCAUAAGGUACAGGUCGAUGUAACCGAUAUCGAGCAUAUCGAACGACCGCUGGAAAGCUUCUGCCACAUUAUCUGGGUAAUGAUAUGUGUUCCACAGUUUAGUGGUAACAAACAGAUCUUCUCGUUUCACGACACCCUCGGCAAUCUUCGCCCGAAUCGCUUUGCCCACCUCGACUUCGUUCUCGUACAGGAAGGCCGUAUCAAUGUGCCGAUAGCCGGCGUCGAUUGCUUGCUUUACUAAAUCCUCUCCUUGACCUUCCUUCGCCUGCCAUGUUAAUCGUAAGAAUACUGUUUCGAAUGCCUCAACCUUCGAUUAAUGUAUUUGUGUCGCUUACCAAAUAUGUUCCAUAGCCUAGUCCAGGUAUGCUGUACCCAU